GAAACUUUUUGAAAUGAUGACUACUACGACGACGACGAUUUCUCAGCAUAACUUCUAUGGUGCUGGAGAUUCGGAAACUUGCAUUUCUAUUAUUGAGAAUUUGAAGGAAGAGUAUGGAUUGUUUGUUUGGCCUUGUAGCGUUAUCCUCGCUGAGUAUGUUUGGCAACACAGAUCUCGAUUUCGUGAUUCUUCGAUACUCGAGCUAGGAGCUGGUACUUCCUUGCCUGGUUUAGUAGCUGCAAAGGUUGGGGCUAAUGUCACUCUUACUGAUGAUGCAACUAAACCAGAGGUUUUGGAUAAUAUGAGAAGAGUCUGUGAGCUUAACAAGCUGAACUGUAAUGUAAUAUAAACUAUCUUCACCUCUCUUCAAUUUAACAACGCCAAAUUUAUCAUUUACCCGGAUCAUUAUAUGUUGCAUAUGUAAUUCACGAAGGUUGUUGGGUUGAUUGCUAUUUACAUUUGAAAUUCUUGAGAGUUUGCUUCUAGAACUUCUCUGUGGUUGUCUAUUGUAGGUGUUGGGUCUCACCUGGGGUGUGUGGGAUGCACCGAUACUCGACCUGCGACCAAACAUUAUACUUGGGGCUGAUGUUUUAUAUGAUUCAAGUGGUUCGUUUCAUUUGUUUUUGUUUUGGGUAUUGGCCUUUUCUUUUUCCCCUUGUGAAUGAGUUGAAAAUCUGAACUUGGACACCUCUGUUGUUAAGCAUUUGAUGAUCUCUUUGCGACUGUCUCAUUUCUUCUCCAAAGUUCUCCUGAUGCAGUUUUUAUUACCACUUAUCAUAACAGGAGUGGGCAUCAUCUAAUCGAGUUCCUGAUGGUAAAAUGGGGACUAAAGUGUGUUAAACUUCUGGAUGGCUUCUCAUUCUUGCCCUCUCAAAAGGCAUCUGUACUUAGUGGAAACAUUCAGUUGGUUGAGAUCGUAUUGAGUUCCCAAAAUGAAAAUCAGCAGCUUUAGACUGUAACAACCAUCUAAGUGGAUAAUAACCAGAGAUCAAAGAG